GUUCAGAGAGCUCAAGUUUCUGUGAGGUUGCCCGAUAUCCCUUUCGGCUCCUCCUAUUUGUAGAAAAAAAUGCCACAAAAGGAAGAAGAAGACACCCGUCAUGUCCGGAAAAAGGGAUACCAUCUUUGGACAAGAAGCGAAAAGGAAGAGAAACAAAGAGACCAGCACCAAACCCUCCCACCUUUAAGCAAAUGGAGACCAAAAUUUUCCACUUUGCUUUCCGAUGGGUCCUCCGUACAAGCACUCACCUCCUCGAACUCCCUCCUAUCUCUUCCCUUGCGUCCUUGCCCUCUGCUUCUUCUCCCUCACUGGUCUCUUCCUCUACAAGGUGGACGAUUUCGUAUCGCAGACGAAAACACUAGCAGGGCACAACUUAGAACCGACGCCGUGGCAUGUUUUCCCGCUGAAAGCGGUCGACGAGGAGGCCCAGAGAUCGCAGGCUUACAAGAUUUUACAAUGCUCUUACUUCUCUUGUUCCUACAGGAGCAGCGACUCGUCAACGACAGAGCAGGGCCGUUCUGGGUCCUCAUCGUCUCAGAUAUCGGCUCAACGAUGCCCUGAUUUUUUCCGGUACAUUCAUGAUGAUCUGGAGCCGUGGGCGAAGACGGGUAUAUCGGAGAAGCACUUGAUGGAGGCGAAGCAGUACGCUGCUUUCAGAAUGGUGAUUGUUUCUGGCAGGCUUUACGUGGACUUUUAUUACGCAUGUGUACAGAGCAGAGCCAUGUUUACAGUGUGGAGCAUGUUGCAACUGCUUAGAAGAUAUCCGGGGAUGGUGCCUGAUGUGGAUGUCAUGUUUGAUUGCAUGGAUAAGCCCAUCGUUAAUCGGACUGAGCAUGCGUCGUUCCCGUUGCCGCUGUUUCGGUACUGUACAAACGAGGAUCAUUUUGAUAUCCCAUUUCCUGAUUGGUCUUUCUGGGGUUGGUCAGAGACAAAUUUAAGGCCCUGGAACGAGGAGUUUCAAGAUAUCAAACAAGUUUCUCGAAGAACAAGCUGGUCAAAGAAGAUUCCCCGUGCUUACUGGAAGGGAAAUCCCGAUGUUGUGUCUCCUAUCCGAAUUGAAUUAUUGAAUUGUAACCACUCUAGGUUGUGGAGAGCACAGAUUAUGCGUCAGAACUGGGAGGAGGAAGCAAAAGCUGGAUAUGAGCAGUCCAAGCUAUCCAAUCAGUGCAAUCAUCGGUACAAGAUCUAUGCUGAAGGAUAUGCUUGGUCUGUGAGUUUAAAAUAUAUUCUCUCAUGUGGUUCUACAACCCUAAUUAUUUCUCCACAAUAUGAAGAUUUCUUUAGCCGGGGUCUCAUUCCCAAGGCAAAUUAUUGGCCAGUCUCUCCUAAUAAUUUAUGCCAUUCUAUAAAGUCUGCUGUUGAUUGGGGCAACGCAAACCCGAUGGAGGCCGAAGCUAUUGGCAAAAGAGGACAGGCUUUAAUGGAAAGCUUGAGUAUGGAUCGAAUCUACGAUUACAUGUUUCACCUCAUCUCGGAGUAUUCAAAGCUGCAAACUUUCAAACCGACCCGACCACCUUCUGCUCUUGAAGCGUGUACGGAAUCUGUUCUUUGCUUUGCUGACCUGAAGAAGAGGGAACUUCUGCAAAGAUCAACUGUGGAACCUUCGUCAACUCCUCCAUGCUCACUGCAGCCGGCUGAUAGCAUUCUUAUCCAAACUUGGAAACGACAGAAAAAAACUGUAAUUGAAGAUACGGAACAGGUAUAGAUGUAGAACAGACUGAAAAUCAGACACUAAAUUUUGCUGGUUGAAUAUUUGAAAUGAAUAAAAUUUUGUAGCAUUAGAGUUUCCUUGUA